AUGUCUGUGCCAGUUCCAAGCGUGGACUCCGAGGCGCCAACAUAUUCUGAGGACAGAGAGGGAAAUCAUAUGGCUGUCGACCUUGACUCCUCGGUGGAAAGUAAGCCUCCUGUUGAUCGAAACAUGAGCGAUGCGGUGUUCUUGGUAGUGAUGGGCGUAUCUGGUACAGGCAAAUCUACUCUCGGCGCUGCACUAUCAAAGGCUCUCCGUCUCCCAUUCAUCGACGGCGAUGAUCUCCAUCCGCAAUCUAAUGUAGACAAGAUGUCACGUGGAGAACCUCUCACAGACGCAGAUCGCCGGCCCUGGCUGGAGACUAUUCGCAGAACGGCCGUUAGUAGCGUUCUGAGUCAGCUUGGAGGUGACCACGGAUCGCAUGCGGAGCCAAGUGCAGAGACGGCGCUUGACCAGCACAACAUGUUUGGGCGUAGUGACCAUCCGAGUUCCAGUGUGAGGGAUAAAGGCCAGAAGCCGGGUAUCAUCAUUGCGUGCUCGGCGCUGAAGAGGAGUUACCGGUCAGUGCUAAGGGGCGAAACUCUGUCGGAAGCUGAGGCGUCAAAGCAUUCAGGAAAGCUUCCGACGUGCUUUGUUCACAUGAAAGGCUCACGGGAGGUGCUUACCGACCGAAUGAUGAAACGCCAGGGGCAUUUCAUGAAGGCUGCGAUGUUGGAUAGCCAGUUGAAGACGCUAGAAAGCCCUGAGAAUGAAGAGGGUGUGGUGACGGUGUCGAUAGAGUGGUCGACUGAGGACCAAGUGCAAGAGGUGGUCAAGGCUCUCGAGGAUGGAGAAGGACAGCAGCAUAUAGCAUCGAAGCACUGA